AUGGCAUCUCAAGAAGAAACAACGACCUUGGAGUGGUUUGGUGCAACCACUUUUAGGCUCAAGACCAGAGGACUCACUAUCUUUCUCGACACUUGGCUCGAUCGUCCGACUGCACUUCCCUCAUAUAUCUCUAUCGCCGAUGUGCGCGAAGCAGACUACAUCUUUAUCUCACAUGCUCAUUUUGACCAGUACUUGACACUUCUGCUUAGCCUACCAGGGGCCGACCGAUUGGCCUUGCAAACGGGUGCCAUCAUUGUCGCAAACUGUGAAGCAAUCAAUUUGCUAGCAGCAGCAGGUGUACCUGAAGAUCAACUGCUAAGAGUAAGUGGGGGGGAACGAGUACCGCUUUUCACAAAGAACACCAUUCAGCAAGCAAAAUCAGGCAAGUGUCCACUUAGACCAGGGCCUCCGGGUGCUCCACCUACACCACAUCCAUCUCUUGCUGCUGUCAUAGCCCAUAUCUGGCCGUCGCUACACUGUUUGAUGCCGGGUGGCCCAGACUUUCAUCCUGAAGAGAUUGACAGUGGCGAAGUCUUUACAGGAGAAGCACAUCCGUGUCUAUGCACUGUAGAUAUCAAUCGGGGCAUGAAGUAUGGAUUGUUCAAACUAAACGAUUCAGUGCCACAAGAAAAAAUGGACGCUGGCAUGACUUCUUUCCUGAAUUACAUCGCGGAUCGCCAAAAGAAUGUCAUGUCUCAUCAUGAUGGUGGACAGUUGAUGGUGAAUUUUCAGAUCGGCGAGAAGGGUUUAUUAUGGAGCUCACAUUUAGGCGCAUACGAGGGCAUUAUGAAGUCGAUCGAGCCGAAACCAGAAGUGGCCAUCUUGGGUAUCGCUGGUAGGGCGAAUUUGAAUGGAAGACCGUGGGAUGGCUCGGCGGCACAAUUUGCACUUCGUGAGAUUCAGUGGCUUAGGCAUCCGACAACAGUGAUUUGGUGCCUCCAUGACGAAAGGUGCGUUCAAAAUCUUUGA